AAACAAAUUUAUUUUGAAGUUGUGAGUAUCGAACAAAGGACUUUUGCGAGACAAUACCGACAUGGAUAAUUGGAAGAUAACCGCGGAGGAGAUUAUCCGUCUGCGGGAGAGCUGCUUGCAGUGCAUCCGUAAUGGAGAACUCUAUGAACUGCGCAACGAUGCCAAACUUAGGGCUGUUUAUAACACCCAGAGCUACGAAGAAUUCAAGAACAUAGUAGAUGCGGCCCAUCUUCGUCCAGUGACCAAGGGCGACAAGGCCAAUUUUAAGACCAAAAACCGACUAUGGAACUCGGCGGCCCGGGAUUAAUUUGUUAAUUGCGCAAUAAAAUUAAAAGAUCAAGCUUA